GUUCAAAUGCGGAAUAGGUGAGUUCGUGUGUCACUCGUUUUGAACUUUGGUUAAAGUCUUGUUUUUAGCUUUCGAGUAUUUGGUUAAAUAGAGUAAUCAAACAAAACUGUAUAUUUAUUUUGAUCAUGGCAUCAAAACGAACUCGGAUUUCACCUCAGUACCUUCGAACUGAAGACAUUAUGAUUACAAUUCUAGAAGUUAAAUCUCCUGCUCACUUUGUAAUAAAGGAAUCUCCUAGCUUGAACACAUCAUCAGUGUCAAAAACUUUCAUAGAAGCUGAGGAGAUGAUGCAGAAAUAUUACAGAUCUGUUGAGCAUUCAUAUUUUGAAAUACCAUUAAAAGAUACAGUAGUAAUUGCCUAUAGUGAUAAGAAAUUUUAUCGGGCUCAAGUUCGGAGCAUUCUUAAUCGGACCUUGGGCCAUCUUUUCAGAGUUUAUCUGGUUGAUUAUGGAAGAGAAUGCAAUGUUCCAAGAGAAAACUUAUAUGAAGCUCACAAAGACUUCUUAACUCAUCCUUUUCAAGCAGUCGAUUUUAAGCUAUUGGGCAUUGAACCAGCGGGUCUGCUACUAGAUUCAGAAGAUUUAAAUGUUUCUUAUGGGCCAGUAGAAAAUUGGGAUACUUCUGCGUAUAAAUUUGUGAAAGAUAUACAGAAGGAAAUGAAUAAUGUAUAUAUAAGAGUGCAAGCCAAAACAGAAAGUUGCCUAUAUGGUUCUCUUCAUGUUUCUUUUAAUGAUUAUACUACAAAAUGCCUUAAUGAAGAACUUGUGCAUCAGAAAUAUGCUUAUUAUAAUGAAGACUGCUGGAAUAGUGUGGAUAAAAUUGAUUCAGCUGAAAAAUCUUUGUCCGAGUCAGCUUGUGCAUCUGAGCCUUUGUCACCUAGUGAUUCAGUUUUCAAUACCCCAACUUCUAAGAAUGUAGCAAAUUCCAGUAUUAGAAGUAUAACUGAAAGCCCUGUGGAAGAACAAACAUCUGGUUCAAGAAUAUUUCAGACUCCACCUCGACAUAGAUCUUCAAGACUUACUUGUGAUAAAUCUUCCAGUAGCUCUAAUGCCUCAGUGUGUUCUGUAACUGAAAAUUUAAGCAUAGUUUCCAAUAAUUCUGCUGUAAUAUCACCUUUAAAUAAAUUGCAUAAAACGAAGCAUCCUCCAUGUAACCAAAAAAUUCCUAGGUCAAAUGUUGUGAUUGUUAAUGCACAAAAACAGAAGAUUCCAGAAAAUAUAAAUUAUCCUGCUGAAGAUUCUGGAAUUAAAAAAACUCAAGAAUGCAGUCCUAUUAAGUUAUUUGAAGAAGCUAAGGAAAAAUUAGAUGAACAAACACAGUCCAAUAAAUUACAGGGUUCAUUAGAAAGGCAUCUAAGUGAAAGUCAGAAAGAAAGUGCAGUUCAACGCAUCCUUAACUUGAAUAAGAAAAAUCUGCCUUUGGCAAAUAUAGCUAGAGAAGAUUUGCCUAAACAAUCAUCUGUAGAUUUUAAGAAAGUUUAUGAUUUCUUACAACGACAAAAGAAGCUGAGUCCCAGUAAUUUGGAUUCAAAAUGUAAAAUCCAAAGUAAAGUACAUAGUUCAGAAAAAUUUCAGUCAUCUAAAUUAAUAUGUAAUACUCCAGAUCUCAAAAGUAGUGUAUCUGCUGAUAGUUUGUCUCAAAAAAUUAAUCUUUCAUCUACAGAAAAUUUGAAAUCUGUCUCUGAUAAUUUUCAUCCAUUUCACUCAGAUAAUUUGUCUGUUGAGGAAAAAAAGAGCAGUACACUUGAUGAAUCAAACAAAAGUUCAUUUUACAUGCUAAAUGAAGCUUUUAUUGGUACACCGCAGGAAAAUGUAAAACAAGAAAUGUGUACUUCUACUCCUGUAUUGACAUCUUCACCUCAAAAGAACCCUUCUGUAAAUUUCAAUAAAGUCAAACGGUUUAUACUUCAAAAAAGAAAAAUACCUACUCUAGCUAGUCCAAGCUCUGAUAUUCAGAGGGAAAUGAGUUUGCUGCAUCAUAAAACUUUAAAAUCACCAUCAGUGCAUAAAGCUGACGAAGACCAGGAGUAUGUAUCAUCUAACUCAAAUUCUGUGAAACCACAAAGUUUACCAUUGCAAGAUAAUCAGAAUAAAGAAUGUGUAUCAAAGGUUGAUUUAAGAAAUGUUCUUGUGAGAGAGAGUGAAGUAGAAUUACAACAUUUUAAUAAGCAUCUUAGCCCUGAGCUUUCUCCAGUAAUGCAGUUGGACACCUACCCUGAAUAUGGCAGCAAUUUUACAUGUGUAGAAAGGUUUUCCGAGUCUUCGCUUCCAGAGGAAUCUAACAAUAUUUUGCCAAAAGUGAUGGAAACUGAUGACUCUGUGCAUAGAGAUAAAAUGAAUGCAACUGUAAGCUCUGAGAAUGCUGAUGUAAGUAAAGCAGGUCAUCAGUUGAAUGAAUCCUAUCCUGGCCAAAAAUCAUCAUCAGUAGAUUUUAACAAGGUCAGAAACUUCUUAAUGAAGAAAAGGCCUACUACCAUUACAAAGCAUCCAGUUUGGGAUCUGCAGAAACAAAUUGAGGAAACUGAUGCUGGUACUGCUGGUGCAGAGGAACUAUCCACCAGUACUUCUGAAUGUGAUAUAGAUAAAGAAUUGUCAGAAGUAAUAUCUGACCCAGAUUUUAUUCCAUUUCAAAAUACACCAUCAGCAGAAGAAUUAAAAAAAGAAUCUUUAGAAUUUGAUGAUUCAGAUGAUUUAUUAUUGCAAGCCUUGGAUCCUAAACCAAUGGAUGAUGUUUCUUCUGAUGAAAAAUAUAAUUCAGAAUCUUCAGCCUUUCAAGAAGUACUCAUUGAAAAUGAUGAUAUUGACAGUUCUGCUAUGGAUUUCAGUGAUAAAAGUUUAUGGGAAAAACAAAAAGUUCCUGCUCUUUGUAUUGGAAAUGGUGUACCUAAACCAGUAUUUUCUACUGAAGAAGCAGUUUUUGCACCCAGUUUAGAAAAAACUUUAAAUAGGAUAAACUUUUUUGGACCUUCAUGCAUACAGUCUGUAGUUUGGCCUGCAAUGUCCCGAUCUAGAUGCUUUGCUGCUAUUGCCCCUCCACAUGCUGGAAAAACAGUUGCAUACUUGCUUCCUUUAGUGUCUAACUUUGUUGAACAAAAAGUAUACAAAGAUCUUCCACCUGGAAAUGGAAGUGAAAGUGCCUGAUCUGAUUUAUCCUCAUUUGUAACAUUAACUGAUGUUGAGGUACAAGUGUGUGUGUGGGGGGGGGAGUCACAGUUCUAUAUCUUGCGUUCUACUGGGCCCAUUGACGAAAUUCAAAUUGCGGUUUUCAUGGCUCGAAAGUAUGUCUUGAAAUAUUAUCAUUUAAAAAAAUUUCAGCUUAGCAGUCAAAUAAAGGUAAAAUUCAUGCUUGCCUUAGAAAAAAAUUAAGUAUUUAAAUUUGGAGUAAUGUGCAAAAAGGUAACUAAAAGCCUUAAAUAAUCUUUCACCCCCCUCCAAAAAAAAUUAAAGUUAUCACUAAAGUUAAGGAUAAGGAUGAACUCCAUUGAAGCAUUCUCCUCAUCACUGUUGUUACACUAGUGAAGCUCCUAAACCAUUCACAAACAGUUAAUUUUCUUAUAGUGAUAUGUAAAGAUCAUAAAUGUAUUAUGCUGUAAAUGGCAAAACUUUAAUAAGAAAUAUUCGUCUUGUUAAUAUUUGCAAAUAUAGUUCAGCAUUCUUUACUUCUUUGUUUUGUAAUAUGUUGACAACAUAUAUUGGUAUCCACACUGUUAUUCAAAGUUCAAAAAUUUAUUAUUUUCUUAAUUUUGUUGUGUUAUACAAAAAUAAUUGUUGUUUUAUUCUACACACUUAUGAAUUGAAAUCUUGAAUAAAAGUAGAGUGUUUGUUAUGCAAUAUAUUUUCUCCACCACUGGGUGAAUAAAUGCUAAUAAUUAAAAGAUGAAUAGCAACCCAGCAUUAAGCGAGAAAAUAUGUUUUUGGAAAAAAGUAGCCAAAUUCAACCUUAUUUUAACGUUAGAAAAUGCAAAAAAUGAGAAAUGUGCAUUUUUAAGAAAGACGUGCCUGUCUUCAUGAGAAUUCUCAUCCAGAAACUUUUGUUAAAGCAAGCUUCCCAUUCCCUGUAAAGUUGGAGUAUUUUCCAGAAAGUCAUGAAAAUUGAAAAAAAUUAUAAAUGAGUCUUCACUGAUAAUAAAAUUUUAUGUUUUAAUAAUGUCCAGUAAAUAAAAAACAGUUGACCUCUUAAAAAGAAAACAAACCAAGAGUUACAAUACCCUGUGUUUUCCUUGCAGAACGUUUUAACCAUCUUAUACAAAGUUCAUAGCGGUCCUUAUAAGUGCUUAUAAGUCCUUAUAUUUGAAAAUAAAAUAUAAAGGCCCUUAUAGGUG